CUAGAAUAUAAAUAACAAAGGUCUAGACAGGAUGUUUUGGUGUCAACAUAGUUUAACCUAGUUCAUUGGGAUGGGGGUAAAUCGUGUCUUGCCUUUCUCAGCAUUUCAUUAGCAUUUUUAAAAGAGAAGGCGGUCCUAGGCAACUCCGAAAGAUGUCGCUGAGUGUGGCAGUCGUUGGCGCGGGUAUCGUCGGGCUGUCGUCUGCCAUCAACAUCCAGCUGCUGAUUUCCGGUGUCAAGGUGACGAUCAUAGCCGACACUUUUGGACGGGACACGACCUCGCCGCUCUCCCCCGGGAUCUUCCUGCCCAUCCCGUCCAAGAUCGACACGGACCGCGUGCAGGCCAGCGAGUGGCUCAUCGAUGGAUGGAAACAUCACUUCGAGAUGGCCAACUCCCCCAUGGGCCAACUCUCUGGCCAGACCUUCAUGUCGGGUUACUGUCUGUGGUCCAAGGUCGUCAGGGGCGAGUACAUCAUGUCUAACCUGGUGAGCGACUACAAGCCGCUCACAGAGAAGGAGAUCACGGAACUCAACUUUCACUGCAGAUUUGGCGCCAAAUUUACGACAGUAGUGAUCAACCGGACCAAGUACUUGUGCUGGCUUAUGAAAGAAUUUCGCAUCAAGGGCGGUAAUCUCAUCUUCGACACGGUCUACUCUCUACAAGAGCUUUACGGCAAGUACGACAUAGUGGUUAACUGUACAGGCAAGCGAUGUCGGGAACUCACAGAGGAUCCCCUGGUGGUGCCGGUCAAGUCUUACGCCGUGCAGGUAGAUCACGAAUGGAAAAAGGAAUUCCUAAUGACGGAUCACGACAUAAUGAUUCUACCACAAAGAGAUUCCAAUAUCGUAGACGUUGGCUUUUACUUGGAGCCGGACCAGUACGAGGUUGCCAUCGACGAAGAGAAAGUUGAAUUGUUCCUGAACAAAGCCAGGGCCUUCGUCCCCCACAUUGUCGGCGCCGAAGUUGUGGCCAAAUGGGCGGAGAGGCGACCCUACAGGACCCCACCCCGGGUGGAAAUGGAAAUGAUCACGUGCCUCAGCGGUCCCAUCCUCCCUGUUGUUCACACCGUGGGUCUGGGCGCCGAGACCGUCUCCCUCGCCUGGGGGGCGGGGUCACAGGCCGCCCACCUAGUCCAGGACAUUGCGCGACUCAUCAAGCCUUUCGCGCGCGUCUGGCGGCCAUUUCUCACUCUGGGGUAACCGGAAGUCAACAGUCCGACACGCUACUUUUUUUUUUCCCAAUGAAGGUGAUCAAAUAUUUAUCAAGUCAAAUCGUAGUUCAAUCAUGAAGCCCCCUCCACCAUUUUGUAUAUUGUUGCUAAUGUAUUUGUAUCAGAAGCUGGCUAACUGAAAUAAACACCA